AUGGACGGCCGCGCGCUGCUGUGCCUCCUGGCGCUGCUCCUCGCCAAAGGAUGGGCGGAUGAGAUUCUGUCCAUGAAAGACCUGGAGAAUGUGAUGACAACAAAGCUGACGGAAUCAAGGGGAUGUGUAAGGAGGCUGACUGCUCAUAGAGAAGUGGGCUGUGGGGUUUCUGGAGAUGGCACGUUGUCUGCCCCGAUUGUCCACAUGACUAGCAUCGACUACUCCCUGAUAGAGGACCGGACGGUUCUGGUGCCCUUGGACUUGGUGCCACGGCUGCUUGAUGGUGUGCUGCAUAAUGACAACUUGAAGCAGCAUGUGAAGGGUGUGCUCAUUGCUGAAACAGGACAGACUCCAAACAACUUUUCCACUGGGGCCCUCUUCCCCUCAUCUGGCUUCCCUCAGCCUUCUUCAGAUGCAUACAUUUGGAACCCCUGGGGCACGGGCCUCAGACUGCAGCGCUUUGAAAUUCCAAUAUUCCUUCUGACCAGGGAGCUCACGGAGAAUGCCAUUGACAGGGCAGAGCGCAAUGCAAGGCAGGGCUUCACAGGUGCUGUGCAUGUCGCCAAGAUGUCUGCCAAGAUGGAAGGGGAGCACAACUCUAGCCACUGCAUCAAGCAGAAGCACUGCCUGCCGAUUGGUGGGCACAGUGUGCUUGCAGCAUUGCCGGACUCCGAGCCAACGGCGCAGGAGAAGCCCAUCGUCCUGGCGAUCGCCCAGAUGGACACAGCUGCAUUGUUCGCAGACAGGGCAGUGGGCGCCGACUCCCGCCUGUCCAGCCUGCUGGUCCUCUUGACCGCCGUCGACCUGCUGCACAAGGCCGGGCCCCUGGAGGGCGCCCCCAAUCGCCUCAUGGCGGCUGCCAUGAGUGGCGAGGUGUGGGACUACAUGGGCUCGCGGCGCAUGCUCUGGGAGCUCGGCAACGGGUCGAGUUUUGCCAACAACAGCGUGCCCGUCGACUUGAAGAAGAUCUCGCAGGUUGUUGAACUGGGCUCGCUGGGCGCCCCGGGCAAUGUGGGCGGCACCCCCAGGAUAUUCCUGCACCGGUCGAAUGCCUCGAGCCCCAGCAGCUCGCCCAUCAACGCUGCGUUUGUGGCAUCAGCGGCGGAGAUGAUUGGCCAACACAAGAUCAUCGUGGAGAACGCGACGGGUACCCCCGGCCUGCCCCCCUCCUCCCUCAAGUCCUUCCUCCUGGAGGUGCCGGCCAUCGAUGGGGUCUUCGUGGCCGAGUUCAACACCAAGUACACGAACCGCUUCUUCGAGAGCCACUUGGACAACGACAGUAACAUCGAUCCGGCAGCGAUAGCAGCCGCAUCGGUGCUCAUGGCACGGACGCUCUACCGUCUCGCUUAUGGGGGCAGUCCACCGCGGCCGCUGGAGGUCGACGACGCGGAGGCGACGAACGCGACCAAUGCGCUGGUGGACUGCCUUGCCAAGCCCGACCCCAGCCUCCGCUGCCCCCUGGCCGCCGGCCUCCUGUCCCUGCGCGCCCAGGACGCCACCUCCACAGGUCAAGCCGAGCACUACCUGGGCACCCUCCCCACCCUGAGCGUCGACCCGCAGGAGCAGGACCCGUCCGCCAAGAGCAACCUGGAGCGGUUCGUGUACAACUACCUCGCGCUGCGCACAGCCCUGGGGGGCCCCGGGGCCCCCUGCAACAACAAGGGGAGGAGGUGCGCGGCAGGGGAGGGGCUGGUGUGCGCGGGCUACAGGUUCGGGGUCAAGGGGGAGGCGGGCCUGGGCAGGUGCGUGAGGUCGGAGGUGUUCUUCGUGCCGUCGUACUCGCUGCUGCUGUCGUGCCCGAACUGCUCGGCGGCGGAGUACGCGGCAGAGGACAAGAAGACGAACAGAUGGGUGCUGACGUCUGGGGCGGAGAAAGAGGCCUUGGAGGCGUGGAUGGUGACCAGGAAUUUGGCGGCCGACCCGAUGUGGACGGAAUCGGAUUGGCCCCCAGAGAAUCCGCGGUUGGAGAUGUUCCUCAAGGAAGAGAGGUCAACAGAAGUGCAGGUGCUGGUAGCGGGGUUGGUGCUGACGAUGGGCGCCGCGGUGGCCGCAGUGGCAGCGCAGGUGGCCAUCGACAAGCACUGGAAACGAUCUUGA